AUGGACAGAGCAGUCAGAUUAUGGCUCUCCAAGAGCGACGCACCACCAGAAACAUGUACAGCACUGACCAAAAAGCUCAACAAGUCCUACACAAUCUACGGCACCAUGCUCCUCCUCCCACCAACAGCUCUAUCCGGUCCAGAAUGGACUCAACUCCAACCCAAAAUCGAUAAUGGCUCCCUCGCCAUAACAAACCUCUACAAAGAAAUCUGCCACCAUCUCAAAAUCACCCACAUCGCCCUCAACAAACCCAUCCCCCUCCACCUCGAGGAAGAAACAGAACCAGAAGAAAACAUCCUCCGCUCCCCCACGAAUUUCACGCCUCUCCACGGCGACUUCGGCCCUGUCACUGCAUCCUCGCCUCCAACGUCGUCCGACUUCGACCGAGCGUAUUGGGUCACCGCAAAACAAAACGGCAUCUACCAAACCUGGUCCCCGCGCUGGACGAUGUUCUCCCGCGGCAACAUCUCCGAAAAGGCACGUCUCCUGACCUUGCCGUCCGUCUUGCAAGCCGUCGAGGAAGGCGACUGCACGGCCGUGGAUUUGUAUGUUGGGAUUGGUUACUUCGCUUUCUCGUAUAAGAAGGCGGGCGUGAAGUGUGUGCUCGGGUGGGAUUUGAAUCCUUGGAGUUGUGAGGGGUUGAGGAGGGGAGCGGGGAGGAAUGGGUGGGGAGUCGGGGUUGUUGGGGAGGGAGAGGAGGUGGGUGGUGUGGAGGAGUUGGUGGUAUUUAAUGAGAGUAAUGUUCAUGCGCCGAGGAGGGUUGAGGGGUUGAGAGGGAAGGGGCUUGUGCCGCCUGUGAGGCAUGUGAAUUGUGGGAUGCUGCCCAGUUCGAGGGAGUCUUUGGAGUUGGCGGCGAGUGUGCUACAUGAGAGUGUUGUGGGCUGGGUCCAUGUGCACGAGAAUUUCCUGGUUGAGGAAAUCGAGGGGAAGGCAGAAGAGACAAGGCGAGAGUUUGAAGGUGUCGUGAAGACGAAGCGAGGAGGAAAUGUCAAGACAGAGGUGGAGUACAUCAACCGCCUCAAGAGCUACGCCCCCGGCGUCGUGCAUUGCGUGAUAGAUAUCGUCGUACAUCCAACUGAUCCCACCUGA